AUGUUCCAUGUCCCUGGCGUCCGUCACAGAGCUACAGAUUGCCUCUCUCGCCACCCUACAGGCAAGGCAGAGAAGUUGCACCUCCCAGAUGACGUAGCCAUGGUUGAUGUCGUGCCCCUGUCAUUCCUGCACUCACCAUCGCUCAUGGGGGGCCUUCGGACCUCGGACCCUUCCACUGAUUCUGUUGAAGUCUGCACACUAUCCUCUGCUAUGUGUGCCUUGGACUCUAUUCACCUCAAAUCAGUUACGUGGGAUAGAAUGCGUUCUGCGACAGCGAGUGAUGACAACAUGCAGACCCUCCUUGACCUCAUCGAGUCUGGCUUGCCUGAACAUCGCCAUGCAUUUCCUCAUCCACUGCGUGAAUAUUUCCAGUUUCGUGAGGGACUUUCUUCGGUUGAUGGAGUUAUCCUCUUCAAUGAUCGUGUGCUCAUUCCUCCUUCCCUCCGGGAUGAGAUCUUGACCCACCUGCAUGCUGCUCACCAAGGGGUUACCUCGAUGACUGCUCGUGCUGAAGCUUCUGUCUUCUGGCCUGGCAUUACCCCCGCGAUCAGAGCCCUACGUGCAGGAUGCACUCAGUGUAACCGGAUAGCCCCAUCCAAUCCCAGUGCACCGCCGGCUCCCCUGAUCUCGCCGGCCUUCCCCUUUCAAUGUAUCUGUGCAGACUAUUUUCAUUACAAAGGAUGCAACUAUUUGGUCAUAGUGGACAGGAACUCGAACUGGCUAAUCGUCGAGCGAUCUGCACUGGGGGCGAGUGGACUCAUCACAUGUCUCCGUCGUGUCUUCGCCACCUUUGGCAUCCCCGAUGAGCUGGCUUCUGAUGGAGGCCCUGAGUUCACAGCGGUAGCUUCACGUCGUUUCCUUUCGGAUUGGGGCAUCCAUCAUCGUCUUGCCUCUGUUGCAUUUCCCCACAGCAACUGUCGAGCUGAGGUUGCUGUGAAGACCAUCAAGCGCCUCAUCAUGAGCAACACGGGCACUACUGGUUCCCUUGAUACGGAUCACUUUCAACGGGCAAUACUUCAGUAUCGCAACACCCCAGACAGGGACACGAAGCUCUCCCCAGCCAUGUGUGUCUUUGGCCACCCAAUCCAGGACUUUAUUCCUAUUGCCCCUGGUAGGUACAAGCCACACAACACCUGGUCUGAGACCCUACAGGCCAGGGAAGAGGCCCUUCGCAACCGUCACAUGAAGGGAGCAGAACGCUGGAAGGAAACACAAGCGGCUUCUUCCACUUGUUGGCCGCAUCCUCUGAAAUGGGACAAGACCGGCGUGGUGAUUGAAGUACGGCAGCAUGACCAAUAUCUAGUCCGUGUUGAUGGAUCCGGCCGUAUCACCCUACGGAAUCGCAAGUUUCUACGGCAUUACACUCCGGUCCAUCGGCCCUUGCCACCGAGGACGGUGGAAGAUGACCUUCGUACCCGCAGUUACCCGGACACCUCAUCUGCCCCGUCGACCUUGCCGCCUGCUGAUGUGCCAAGCAAACUACAAUCACCAUCACCGUGUCCGGUUGCGCCCACCCCAUCCCCUGGACAGCAACCUGGGCCCAUCACCGACGCCUGUCCAUCACCAGUGACGGAUCAACCCGAUGGCUCCCGCCGACCAGACCCUGUUGAUGUCUUGUCAUCCCCGGCCCGCCGUGCUGCCCCGGCUGCGGUUCCUCAUGAAGCUUCCCCUUCAGUGGCUUCUAGACCACCUUCCCCUGCUCCAUCGCCUGCGGAUGACGGCAUCGCUCCUGCUGCCACGCCAGCUUCUUCGCCCAGGCGUUCUCUCCGUCGGGCCAGUAGACCUGCAUGGCACUCGGACUACGAGAUGUCCCUCUAA